CUACCCAUCCGUUUCAUCCCCCAACACGGCUCGCAUUCAGCUUGCUGUGUUCCGGUUUCCUUGUCAAAGAUUUCGUUUUGUUUUGUUCAUGGGAGCGAAUCCAAGUGAAUCCGUGGGAAAAGGUGGUGCAUUUGCCAUGGAAGUCGAAGAAAGCAGCCCUUUUUGGCAGGUGGCCAGCGGCGAGCAUCGAGGGGCGGGGGCGGGUGGCUCAUGCGGACGGACCAGAGGAAAAGCGACCCGCGCAAAAGGAGGAGGAGGACGAGGGGAAGCUCACCGUGCUCUCGGUCGGCCGGGGAAGGUUGUGGCACGGCGGCGCGUCGGUGAGGGGUGGAAUAGAGCCGCUAGAGUUGGGGAAGGGGCUCGGUCCGAUGGAGAAGAGGACGAAUCGGGCCGGAGAAACGGUGGAUAGCGUCGGGUAGAGCUCUCCGAGGCUUCACACGACCAGGCUAUGGAGGAACGGGGCUCGGGCGCGGUGGAUUUUGCUCGGAGGCGCGGGAUUUGGCUGAUGGUGGCGCGUGCUGCUAUGGUCGGCCAUGGCAGACCAAGGAGUCACCGCCGGUGAGCGCCCCUUCCUCCCGCGUGCGAGCAAAGGAGUCACCGCCGGUGAGCCCUCGCCGGCCAUGGCAGGCAAAGGAGCUCGACGUCGGAAUGGGAGGAGAAAAGAGAGAGAAGAGGUGAAGGAAGAAAAAAAGGGUAAAAUAGUCCAUAGUGAUUGCCAAAUGGAUCUCGGAACAUGGCCAGCACCAGUGGAGUCAGAGGCGAGGAGUUGGGUAAGCCAGACAGGCUCCGCCUCAUCCCUUCUUCCAAUGAAGAUGAUUGUAGGACAAUCGUGGAGACAACCGAUGGCAAACGAGAUGCAUGGACAGAAAUUCUGGAGGUCACCGAUGGUGAGAAAGAUGCCAGGAAGGUUACCGAGGAUGUCAUUCUUCUAUGUGGCGAGGGCCCUCCCGGCGAGGGUGAAGAAGAUGCGAUGGGGGAAACCGAGGUGAGUUUUGAUGAGGAAGAAUACGAGGGCCAUGGCUACCCCGAAGACGGUGUAUACCCUAUGCAUAUACUUCCAAAUACCAAUCACCGUGAUGGCUCUAUAUACAGAAACAUAUAUGCAAGGAAAACAUGGAAAACAGAUUUUCGUAUUGCCGACCGUAACGAGACUCGGUUCGAGGCAAUGACGUUUUCAGAUAUCAAAGAUUGCGUGUUUCUUUAUGGAUCUUGCCAGAGCCAUUCACCAACACCCAUGCUGCAAAUUUUCUCAUUAAAGUUGGCUAAAAUUCCUGUGGACAGUGGCUCGGUAGAGUUGUAUGGAUACAUAGCAAUGCGGGAUGCUUUGGAUCCAUUGCUUAAUUAUGUCGUCAAUUUUAGCAGGGAUGAUCCCAUCAUCGUGGAACAGGGUUCCCUCGUCGAAAUGACUGGCCCUAAGCGAGGAAUCGAGUUGUGUUACAUUACUGCAAUUGAGUAUGACAUGAGGAUCAAGACAGGAGAACAAGAACAAGAUGAUCUACAGCUGAUCGAUGGUGUAUCAUUCAUAGACGAAAUAAACACAGGUUCUACAAUCACAUUCACAAGACGCAUCCAUGGCCAUUGUGGAGCAGUUGACAUAACUGUAUCAACUCUUGAUCACGCAGUUGAGGCGACGGUAGAAGUUGUCAUAUCAGAAGUGCGGAGCAGUUUCAAUUUGUGUCUCAGUUGUUUUGUAAGUGGUUUAGGUGAAGAAAUCCGGCUCUUUGAUGGUGCCAUUGGUGAGCCGCGUGGCUUAAGGAGGUCUGUUGUUGCUGUAGUGAUAGAUACUUGGAUGGAUUUGAAGUUCAAGGUAGGUUCGCGGCCUUCUUACAGCAGUGACACUGAACAUUGUUGCUCCUUCAAAGCAUUCAAUCAUGGAUGCACCAGUCAACAGAUAGAGGUUGACUUCGCCUCAAUCUCAGUGAAGGUGACUUGGUCGACGUUGUCUUUCAGCGUUGUAAAUUGAAAUCCUUGUGUGUAUUUUUUAAAGGAACUCACAACAGAAGCUAGUAUUGUAGCAAGUCUGUGCACAGCCUUGUGCUUGCUUGCGUUUGGUCUGUCCUUCGUUGAAUUCUCAAUGCAUUAUUUCUAGCUUUGUUACA